AUUCAGAAUGGGAGUAGAGAUGAUUCGGAGUUUUAUCAUAGGGCUCGAUUCAUACUAUGAAGACAAGGAUGAUUUCCAAAUACUCGAUGCAGCUCAAAACUUGUCGGAGAAGAUGAAAGACUUCGCCGACUUAAAUGAUGAAAUUAAACGUGUGAAUGAAGUCAUUAUUGGAAACUUACAAGCUGGCUGGAUGAUAUAUAACAGGAACCUCUAUUUAAUUACUCGGGAUAAAAACACAUGGUGGGAAUCCAGAAGGGAGUGUCAAAAAGAAGGCUCCGAACUUGUUUCUAUUGAAACACAGGAAGAACAGGUAUAUAUUACCAAGCAUGCAAAGAAUAAGAAUAUUAGGGUCUGGAUUGGACUCUUUAAAGACAAAGGAACAAAAUGGUCAUGGCUUGGAGGUUCAGCAGUUGGAUCCGAAUAUUGGCCUAGUGGUCAACCAAGCAGGAAACCUAAACACGACUGCUGUGCAAUUACACCUCAAACCCACCGCUACUCUUGGCACGCAUUACUGUGUGAUACCAAAAUUCAGUCUUGUUGUAAGAAGGAGCCUGAUGACAAGUGGCUCUAAGUGGAUACCUUCAGAUGAAUGAAACCGGACUCCGUGAUCCCUACACAGCAGCAAGCCUCCCCCUUCCCUUUUUGUUCUAAUGCAGAACCCACACUCAGCCACCUAGGCUAUGGAAUUGGGAUGUCGAAGAACUCAGCUCUUGGACAUCAACACUCACAAUCACUUUCUCUGACCUGAUUCCUCAAGAAUGGAAAAGACCUUCUUUUGCAAACUCCAGCUUAGAUGGCUACAAAA